UGUGUCUGUGUGUAAACUAGUUAGCCAAAUGCUAGCAUACUAUGGGUGCUAUAUGAUUUUGAACAUAGCUACUGACAACCUUUCAUGAGUCAUACGCAAAGCUACGGCAGGAAGAAACACAUUUCGCUCCACAUCAUACAAAAAUGAAGGAAGAGAUCCGCUGCCGGUGGACCUGUGGACAGCUUUUACACCAGAGAGGUUGAGACACUUCGGCCAGCAACACAGACAACCAUGAGAAGUUAGCGAAUGGCUACGUUAGUCAAGCGAUAACUUUACUACAGCUCUGCUCAUGGACCACCAGCUGCCCGAGCUAGCCUUCUGACAUGGAAAAGAUACAUCAGAGAUUUUGGAUGUACUGACAGAAGGCGGAAGGAAGAUGAACUACAACCAGCAAAAAUGCUAGUAAGCCAUGCUAGUAGGCUAGCUCUAAGAGGCUGUUAAUGUUGGGAACAUUUUAUUUUUAAACAGUGAAAUGAGUGGGACUUUCACUAGCGUGUGAGCACUGGGCAACUGUUAGUGGCCUUUGAUUUGGAUAAUAUCGGGGAGUGGUGGAGUCUGGGGGGCUUGGGAUGUGCUUGGUUCUAGGUUCAUGAUUCUAUAUGCAUUCAUUGGAUUGCCAAUGUUCCAAAAAGUCCCUUUCCUGAAUACCUGCCCAGGAUAAGGACACGGAUCUACAACAGUGGUUAAGCGAAUGAGGGGAUUCCAGCACAACAACAUGCACAGACUCCAAAACCAAUUUAAGAAACACAGGAGACAAGCCUGAGACAACAGUUCUUGAUGAACCCAUCUUUGCUCAGCUGCCAUCCCCAAUGGAACUACUGCUGUAGACGGACGGCUCUGUGGCUGCCACUGCUGCACGGUAUCCUGAGCUCCUGCUUCAAAGGGAGCCCUGCUGUUCCAACCUGGACGUGGACAUGGGUUCUCAGGCUCUUCAGAUACUACGGCAAGGGGUUUGGGCCUCCCUGACGGGGGGCUGGUAUGUGGACCCACACCAGAGCACGUUCUCCAACUGUUUCCACCUCUACCUCUGGAUAUUCCUACUGGCCUUCCCCUUCCUGUUGUACAUGGCUCUCCCUCCUAGCCUGUUGGUCGCCGGCAUUUACUGUGCCGUGGUGGCGGUCUUUUUCACCGCCAUCAAGGUGGUGAACUUCCGGCUGCACUCCAUGUUCGACCUGGGGGAGAUCAUAGAGAAGAAGCAGGCCUCGCUCUCCACAGACGCCCCGCGGUUGGAGGAGGGUGACGAGGGCUCGGGCACCCACGACGGGAACCAGCACAGGGACAGCCAUGCUGGCGUGGAGAUGACGGUCUUCCGGAAGGUCAACUCGACGCCGCCGGUGCGCUGCAGCUCCCAGCACUCUCUGUUUGGCCUCAACCAGGUGUCGGAGUUUCUGCCACAGCUAGAGGAUACAGGCGGAACCAAGGAUAUGAAGGAGAUGAUGAUGAUGCAGGAGCACGGCUGCCAUAACGUCAUGUUGACCACAGCUAAUCGAGGGCUUCUUCGCCAGUGCUCCCUGGACACUAUGAGGACUGCCACGGGGGUCCCGUCCUGCAUGGCCGCAGCACGGGGCUCGGAGUACCCGUGCCUCGUGAGCCUGCCCGCCGCGUCUGGCUUCAGGGAGCCCCAGGACCACCCGUCCAUCCCCCCGUCCCCCUCCAGCCAGGAGGACGGCGGCGACAGGGAGCCGUCCCAGGAGGGGGAGCGGCGCUCUCCGCAGAGCCCCGGGGAAGCGCGCAGCCUGGGGGCCUACUCGCCCCUGGGGCCCUCGGCCGAGUCGGAGAGCCUGGGCGAGACGCCGCUCAGCCCGCUCAUCAAGAGCAGCCUGAGCGAGGAGCUGAGCGAGAACCUGCUGGGCCUGGGCCUGGACCCCAUGGCGUUCGGCCCCGGGGCCAAGCGUGCGGGCAGCCGCAGCGGCGUGGCGCUGGCCGCCGGCUCCACCGACAGCUGCUUCAGCGCCGGCGGGGCCACCACGGACCGCGAGACCCUGAGCACAGUGAGCAGCUACCGCAGCGAGAAGACAGACUCCACGCAGCUGGAGAGCCCCUCCCUCAGCCUGCCGCGGCCCGCGGAGCCCCGGGCGCCGGCCUCGGGCGCCGCAGCUGCCCCGGGCCCGGCGGCGGCGGCGGAGGACGGCGGCGCGGGGCCGGGCAGCAGCGACACAGACAACCUGUCGGACAGCGUGCUGCUGCGCUCGCCGUCCCGCGAGGCGUCCGUCGGCCAGGGGCUGGACAGGACGUUGGUGGAGGGGGAGGACCUGCCCCCGGCGCCCUCCGACGCGGCCCAGCCCCCGGCCGCCCGUGACUCCUCCCCCUCCAGCAGCGGGCACUCUGAGGUGUGUGACCUAGGCAGGGCGGCCCCGGUGCCCCCUCUGCCGCCGCCCCGCCAGGCCAACUCCGUCCCCGCCGGGCUGGCUCUGGGCCUGGGGUGCUCGGAGCCCGCCCUGCACCCCUCGGCCCCCUUCCUCCUGUCGGAGCAGUCGGCGCCCCCGCCGGCCCAGCAGGUGGUCCGGCCCAAGGACCUGAAGCUGCUCCGGGCGGGCGGCGCGGCCCACCGGCCGGGCCGGAGGAAAGCGCCGCGGAAGCGCGCGGCGGCCGGCAGCAGCAGCUUCGACUGCGGCUCCUACAAGCGCCACCACGGCCACCGGCAGCCCCGGGACUACAUCCCGGUGCGCAGCCGGCUGGAGGCCAAGGCGUACAGCGAGAGCCUGUACGAGGACUCGAGCGACGAGGACGACGACGACGACGGCAGCGACAUGAGCGCCGGCUCCAGCCUGGGCUCUCAGCGGCGCUACAGCUCCGACGACGACGACGACGACGACACCAGCUCCUCUACCUCGUGCUACUCCCCGGACCUCGCCAGCGCGGGCGGGGCCUCGUCCUCGCUCCCUGCCUCCGCCGCCGCCCUGCCACUCCCCGCCGGCGGCGGCGGCGGCGGCGGCGCGUCGCACUCCCGCGCCGCGCAGCGCUCCGCCAGCACGGCCAGCGCCAAGACCCACGCCCGGGUGCUGAGCAUGGACGGGGCGGGGAGUCAGGGCAACACCACCGCCCUGCCGGGCGCCCUCCUCUCCAUGCCCUCCUCCUCCACCCCCGCGCCCCGCACGCUCUCCGUCUCCAAGUCCGACCUGGAGGCCCGCACCCUCCACAUCGACGGGGGCUUCCCCGGAGCCCACCACCACCACCACCUCCACCACCACCGGCUGGACUCCCUGGGGGGCUCCUGGACCGGGAACCAAAUGGGCUGGAGGGCUGGGGAGCUGGUAGAGGAGGGGGCUGUGGGUGGAGCCAUGGCAACAGAGGAGGGAAGCAAGCGGGACUCGGUCAGCAGUGUGAAGAGGACCCAGGCUAUCCGGCGGAGACAUAACGCCGGGAGCAACCCCACCCCUCCCCCCUCCACCAUGGGCUCUCCCCCUAGCCUCCAGGACCUCCAGCGCGCCCGCACCUCCUCCAACUCCAGGAACCGCACCCUGCCCUCGGCCCUGCAGUUCGCCUCCUCCCUCCUGCUGCCCCGGGGGGGGGGCGUCCACGAGGCCUCCACCUUCGAUGACACAUCGGAGGGCGCCAUACACUACUUCUACGACGAGAGCGGAGUGAAGAGGUCCUACACGUUUGGCCCUGCCGGAGGCGGAUACGAAGACCCUAUGCAGGAGAGGGAGAGAGAGCGGGAGCGGCAGAGGGAGUUGGAGCGGGAGAGAGAGAGGCAGUCGCAGUCGUCGAGCUUCACCUCCACCGAGGUGCAGGAGGGGGCGCCGGCCCUGUCCAUGCUCCAGCCGCGGCCUGUGGUCCUGCAGGGCAUGCGAGUGAGACAGGUGCCCCUGGAGAUGCCUGAGUUCGACCUGGACCACGAGUCCCUCCAGGAGUCCCAGGAGAACACGCUGAUGAUCGAGGAGAAGGCCAAGCCCAAGCAGUACUACCGCUUCUGGGUGCUGCCCGGCCGCUGGCUACGGGUCCGCUACGACCGCCUGGCGCUGCUCGCCCUGUUGGACCGGAACCGCCGUGUGGGGGAGAACGUGUUUGCGGUGGUGCUGGGCAGCCUGGUGGCCUUCCUGGGCUUCCUGCUGCUUCUGCAGGGGUUCUUCAGAGACAUCUGGGUCUUCCAGUUCUGCCUGGUCAUCGCAAGCUGCCAGUACUCCCUACUCAAGAGUGUGCAACCAGAUGCAGCUUCGCCCAUGCACGGCCACAACUGGAUCAUCGUGUACAGCCGGCCUGUGUACUUCUGCCUGUGCUGCGUCCUCAUCUGGGUCUUUGACCUGUCCGGCCGCUCCAGCAGCCUGCAGCCCUUCUCCCUGUACGGGGUCACCUUCUUCUCAGGACAGUUCCUGCUCUGUGCCAGAGACAUGCUCAUCGUGCUUGCCUUAUGUUUCCCUGUCAUCUUCCUGCUGGGGCUGCUGCCUCAGGUGAACACCUUCAUCAUGUCUGUGCUGGAGCAGAUUGACAUGCAUGUCUUCGGAGGAACGGCCACCACCAGCCCUCUGUCCUCUCUGUUCAGCCUGCUGCGCAGUGUGGUGGUUGCGGCACUGCUUUACGGAUUCUGCCUCGGCGCCAUCAACGCUCCGUGGGGCGAUGCCCAUGUGCCGGUGCUGUUCUCCGUGUUCUGUGGCCUCCUGCUGGCCCUGUCGUACCACCUCAGCCGGCAGAGCAGCGACCCCACCAUCCUCUGGUCUCUUGUUCGCUCCAAGAUAUUCCCCGAGCUCGAGAACCGGGCCCCAGAGGAGCCCCCUGUUGAGAUCAAGGACCCCCUGCCUGAGAAACUACACAACUCAGUGAAAGAGAUUCUCCACUCGGACCUGGUGAUGUGUCCCCUCAUGGCCGUGAUCACCUUCGCCAUCAGCGCCAGCACUGUCUUCAUCGCACUGCAGCCGGCCCUGAGCUUGGUGCUGUACAUCCUUGCGGGGGUGGUUGGUUUCUUCACCCACUACCUGCUGCCCCAGCUCCGGAAGCAGCUGCCCUGGUUCUGCCUGGCCCAUCCCGUGCUUCGCUCCAGAGAGUACAGCCAGUUUGAGGUCCGAGACGCGGCCCAGCUGAUGUGGUUCGAGAAGCUGUACGCCUGGCUGCAGUGCGUGGAGAAGUACUUCAUCUACCCCGCCGUGGUGCUCAACUCCCUGACCACCGAGGCCCGCAGCGUGGGCCAGCACCACAAGGAGCUGGACAUCUAUAGCCGGGCUCUCUUCAUCUCCAUCGCGGGGAUGAAGUUGAUGCGCUCGUCGUUCUGCGCCCCGUCCCUGCAGUACGUCACGCUGUGUUUCACCACGCUCUUCUUCCACUUCGACUACCCCCACUUCUCCGAGACCUUCCUGCUCGACUACUACUUCAUGUCCAUCCUCUUCAGCAAGAUGUGGGACCUGCUCUACAAGCUGCGCUUCGUGCUGACCUACAUCGCCCCCUGGCAGAUCACCUGGGGCUCGGCCUUCCACGCCUUCGCCCAGCCCUUCGCCGUGCCUCACUCGGCCGUGCUGUUUGUGCAGGCUGUGUUCUCCGCCUUCUUCUCCACCCCCCUCAACCCCGUGCUGGGCAGCGCCGUGUUCGUCACGUCCUACACCCGGCCCGUCAAGUUCUGGGAGCGCGACUACAAUACCAAGAGAGUGGACCAUUCCAACACGAGGCUGGCCACCCAGUUGGACCGGAACCCAGGCGCGGACGACAACAACCUGAACUCCAUCUUCUACGAGCACCUGACGCGCUCGCUGCAGCACUCGCUGUGCGGGGACCUGCUGCUGGGCCGCUGGGGGAACUACAGCACGGGGGACUGCUUCAUCCUGGCCUCCGACUACCUCAACGCCCUGGUGCACGUCAUCGAGAUCGGCAACGGCCUGGUCACCUUCCAGCUCCGCGGCCUGGAGUUCAGAGGGACGUACUGCCAGCAGCGGGAGGUGGAGGCCAUCACGGAGGGGGUGGAGGAGGACGAGGGCUGCUGCUGCUGCGAGCCGGGCCACCUGCCCCACAUGCUGUCCUUCAACGCCGCCUUCGGCCAGCGCUGGCUGGCCUGGGAGGUGGCCGCCACCAAGUACGUGCUGGAGGGCUACAGCAUCAGCGACAACAACGCAGCCUCCAUGCUGCAGGUGUUUGACCUGCGCAAGAUCCUCAUCACCUACUACGUCAAGAGCAUCAUCUACUACGUGAACCGCUCCAGUAAGCUGGAGGAGUGGCUGCUGAACGAGGCGGUGCAGGAGGCCCUGAGGCCCUGCCUGGGGCCGGGCUACGUGGACAGCGACCCCACCUUCAACCUCAACAUCGACGAGGACUACGACCACCGCGCUGCCGGCAUCACCCCUGCAGCCUUCUGCAUGGUCUACCUGGACUGGAUCCAGUACUGCAACAGCAGGAGGCAAACGCCUGUGAACAGCGAGAGGGACUCGGCUCUGGUGAAUCUCUGCUUCGGCCUCUGCAUUCUGGGUAGAAGAGCCCUGGGCACUGCCUCACACAGCAUGUCUGCCAGCCUGGAGCCCUUCCUGUACGGGCUCCAUGCCCUCUUCAAGGGGGACUUCCGCAUCACCUCUCCCAGGGACGAGUGGGUGUUUGCGGACAUGGACCUGCUUAACCGGGUGGUGGCUCCGGGGGUGCGGAUGUCCCUUAAACUUCACCAGGACCACUUCACGUCCCCUGACGAGUACGAGGACCCGGCGGUGCUGUACGACGCCAUCACGGCCAACGAGGAGAAGAUGCUGAUCUCCCACGAGGGCGACCCCGUGUGGCGCUCGGCCAUCCUGGCCAACAUGCCCUCGCUGCUGGCGCUGCGCCACAUCAUGGACGACGGCAGCGACGAGUACAAGAUCAUCAUGCUCAACAAGAGGUUCCUCAGCUUCAGGGUCAUCAAGGUGAACCGGGAGUGUGUGCGCGGCCUGUGGGCGGGGCAGCAGCAGGAGCUGGUCUUCCUGCGCAACCGGAACCCGGAGCGCGGCAGCAUCCAGAACGCCAAGCAGGCGCUGCGCAACAUGAUCAACUCGUCGUGCGACCAGCCCAUCGGCUACCCCAUCUACGUGUCGCCGCUCACCACCUCCUACGCCGGGGGCCACGCCCAGCUGCGCUCGGUGUGGGGCGGCCCCGUCAGCCCCCAGAACAUCUACACCUGGCUCAUCAGCAGCUGGGACAGGUUACAGAAGGGUUGUGGCGCCGGCUGCAACAGUGGCGGGAACAUCGAGGAUUCGGACUGUGGCGGAGGCUCCGCCUCCAUCUCCACCAACCCCGCCACCGCCCACACCACCCAGAGCACCCCCGCCUCGGGCCUGCCCCCGCCCCACAUCUCCACCCUGCAGCCCUCUAUGGGUACAGACAACCCUGUGGGCCCCACCCCUAGUUGGCCGCACCACCCACAGCCCCUCCCCUUGGCCUUGCUCAGCCAAUCCGAGGGCCGGAUGGAGGCGGGGCUCCUCAGCUCCCUGCAGCGCACCUCGUCCAUCCAGGGGCUGCUGGGGCAGCACCUGUCCAGCUCCCAGCUCUCCUUCAGCAGCUCCAUGGGGCCCUCGCCUCUGGGCGCCGAGCGCUUCUGCCCGGGGAGCUUCCUGGACAGCUCGGCCCAGCGCGGAGGCCCGCGGUCGGGCUUGGGUCUGGGCCUCGCCCUGGGCUCCGGCCUGCACUACGACAGCCAUUUUGGAAAGUGGAGCCUUUCGGCCAAGAAGGGCUUCAACGGGCCGGCGUCGGAGGCCGACCCCGGGCAGCUGCUGACCGUCCGCACGCAGAUGAUUGCUCCCGUACCUCCACCAGAGACCUUCGUGACCCUUGACCCUCUGGGUGCCACCCUGGCGCUGGACAGCAGCCCCUUGCUGACCUCCAGGGACCCCCCCACCCCGCGGGAGGAGUCCACAGAGCUGCCUCUCCUGGAGCACCUCCGAUGACCCUCCCCGAGCCCCCCCCUGCUCCCCCGACGCUGGGCCAAGGCACACACACACACACACCCUCCCAUCAGAUCUGAUGCGGUGGGGGCCCCGCCCUGCUGGACCAAUAAAUCAAGGACCCCCAGUUUGGCUGGAGGUGGGAGCCCCGGGGUGAAACAAACCAAACUCAACUCGUCCGGCGUUCACGUUCUGUUGUCUGGACGCACUUUUAACAGCGGCGUUCUCCUCUUCAGCCAAACGGGUGCCGCAGAUGCAUGCGAGAAGGUCGAGAGACUUCUGCAAACGACUUUAAUCCAGAGACCGCCGUCGCUCUCGUGGGCCUUUGGGGGAGAGAGAGUAACGACGUUUGCCGCGAAAGGUUUCUAACCCAUGGGGGCGGGUCAACGCGACCAGGGCGAUCGUAAGGGACGUGUCGUUUCCAACUGAGAUUGUUUUUUUUGUUGUUUCGUUUUUCAUCGUAUUUUUUAUUUUUGUUUUGAGUCGGAGACAGAUUGCUCACUCCGACGCGGCUGGGCGCAGCAGCAGCAGCACUAUGAUCUGCCAGCCCGCAGGGACCGUCUGACAUCAGCAGCAGCACUAUGAUCUGCCAGCCCUAAGGGACCGUCUGACAUCUGUAGCUGCUGUGUGUGCUGGUCGGACAUGGGCGACCAAAUGACAAAGACACUAAACAUGAUGCAAAUUGGCACGUGCCCUUACUUUUUCUCCUUUUGUGUUCUCUGUAUGGAAAGUAGUAAGACACACUCCCAAAAAGUCCAAAUGAUGAUUGAUCUGUAAUUUAUUGAAGUGUUUGAAACUGUGCCUCCUCACAGGGACACGCUGAUUGGUUCUCCCUGACGGAACCUGUCUCACAGCUGACCUGGUUCUUGUUCUCAGGCCAACAUGUGGUGCUUCUACUGCCUAGUUUACACUCUAGUUAGUCUCCAUUGACUAGUUACGGUUAGGCCUGGUAACCAGUCCUAGGAGUGAGUCUAGUGAGGCCUGGUAACCAGUCCUGGAUGUGGCUAGUUAUAGUUAGGCCUGGUAACCAGACCUAGUUGUGGCUAACUAUAGCCAUGGCUAGUGACGGGCCUAGAUAUCACGAGUUAAGCCUAGUAUCCAGUCUCAGAUAUGACUAGUUAUGCAUGGUAACUAGUCCCAGAAGCGGCUAUUGGGACUGGGCUCUAUGAUGAAACAUACUGACCAGUGACAUUGUGUUGAUCACAAGAACACUAACUGGAGUACUGAACACGCCUUGUGUUGUUUGAUUUGCUUUGUUUUCUGGUGAGUGGAAUGUCCUUUUUUGUUUUUGUUUUUUUUACUUGAAGAAUCGCAGAUUCUCUGGUGUGGACGGUUCCCUGAGCUGCUCCUAUAGGCUGAUUGAUCCCGAGGCGGUUCCUAUAGGCGUACUGAUCAGCGCGUGUUUCGGCUGACUGGCCAAUGCCCCUCUCUGAGGAGCCGCGCUCAGCGCUACGUUUCUCUACUGCAGGGUCCAGCGCUGAAUUAGCAAGCGGCGCUACCAGACACACACACACACACACACCCGCACUCACACACAGCCACACCGACACCCACAAUCACUCACACACUUACAUGCACACACAGGCACCUCUUAUGUACUGGCCUGCAGUACGCCGCCCCCUAGCGUUGUACUACUGCUACUGCAUCUUCUGCUACUACUAACCUACCCUACAACUGCUGUGCAACCGUUACAUCCAGCGUUUUAGUUGGAAAUAAACAAAAAUUGAAUAAAGGUGGAAUAUUUAUUUGAGCAAUGUUUGUGUCAAGGGCAUGUUGUGAAUGGAUACAAGGGUUUUUCUGCUGAUCUUUUGAGUCCGGGGAUCGGAUUCUUCCUGUUAUGACUCCCUUCUCACACUCGCACACACUCUUGUUUGGUGUCAUUUUGGUCCUCUCGGCAACGGUUUUCUGAAGUAUGAUUUCUGACUGGAAGUGUUCCCCUGGGAGUCACCUGAGGUCGAUCUUGUUCCUACUCACUCUUAACUACUGUUAUCAACACAUUAGAGGAGGUCUGAUUCCAGGAACCCCCUUGGCGUUCUGAUGGCAGGAAUCCUAGGAGUUCUGAUUGGAAGAAUCCAAGGUGUUCCUAUAUUUCCCCAAUCCAAAGAGCUCUGAAGAAUCAAAGGAGUGGUGAUUUUGGUAAUCCAAGGAGUUAAGUUUUGAAAAUCAUAGGUGUUCUGAUUUGAAUAAUCGCAGGAGUUCUGAUUUGAAGACUACCCAGGUGUUCUGAUUCCUUUGGAUUUCUAUUUGAAGAAUCGUACGGGUUCCGAUUCCAGGCAUCCAAUUACUUCUGAUUUGAGAGUUCCAUUGGUUCUUGUUCUGAUAUCCCAGGGGUUCUGGUGUCUGGGGCCCAGCGGUCUGUGGUAGAUGACGUGUGGAACAGAAGCUGGCACUCUUGACAUCUGUUGCUCUCCUCCCCCCCCUAUGUGGCUGAGUGAAAGCUCUGAAUGACUUGGUGCAGUGUUAUGAUCCAUACAGGCCUAUUUACCAGAGGACAGCCUUCUACACGGUUAUUAUCACACAAUGUAAUGGGCGAACCACAGGAAAAGCAUUCUCAGGGUUUCCACCGGGGAUAACCUCUUUUUACUCUUUCUUUUUGUUAUAUGCGGUAAUGUUAAAAAAAUACAGGAAAAGGAGGAAUAGAAGAAGCAUAAUUUGUAGCACAGUCACGCAUUAAUUGGGUUAUGGUAAAGUCCCAGGUAUUAGUAUCUAUGAAUCAUGUGUUUACUUCAGCUUUUGGGUAGAUAUACUGAAUCACUUUGAACUGCUUUUUUUCCUUUCUCUCUUUAAGGACAUUUCUGGGCUUUGCUUAGAACCUUGAAUGUUUAAAACGGAUCUCUUGUUCAGCCGGUAAAGAGUUUGUAAAGUAUUACUAUUGCUAAGCACACUGAGGGCUACUCCAUCUUGAACAGGUCGGCGUCAUUCAACCAAUCCCAAUCAAACACUAGAGCAAGGCACAGCUAAUUGGACGGACCCAGGUGUCAAUCAAAAGGGAUGAUGUAGAUUCCUCCAGUCUCUGUACAUGCGGUUUCUGUACAGCAUGUUUCGUAUAUAAAUUCCAUAUAUAUUUAAGAUAUACAAAUCUAUUUUAUAAUGUUUGGAUUUUCUUUCUUUUUUUUACAUGAAUGCUGUUUUUGUUGAGGCUUGGUGGAGAUUUGACUGAGCAAAGAGCUCACUAUGAAAUUGAGUUUCCUAUCAGUCAUUUUCGAAGAAUCAAUUCAUAACUUUUUUUUGCACAACUGUCCUUCCAUCCGACAUUAUUUUAUACUUUAGUUUUACAAGGAGGGGAAAAGGUAUUUUUAUUUAAGUUAAUCAAUGUUCUGUACAUAUUUUUUGUCUUAUUUCACACUUCUCUUUAAA